AUGGGCCUUCUAGGCUUUCAUCCCUCUGCACAAAAUUAUGUUCUCUUGAAUGACAAAAUUUUGCAUUUUCUGUCAUUCAUGAUGGCAACAUUCCUGUGUUACUUGAUAUUGGACGUGGAUGAGUCUGUGAAGCACUUAUUUCUUUGGAGAAACGCACAAUUGAUAUUUACGUUGGUGGUGAGCAUCUUUGUUGGGUGCAUUGGAUCUGAAUUUGUGCAAAGCUUGUUGCCGUACAAGACAUUUCAAUUUGGUGAUGUUAUUGCAAAUCUCUUAGGUGCUUCCAUUGGGCUAUAUGCUGCAACGUUUACUGAGAAGUGUUAUCAAGAACUAAGACAAUUGGAGUUGGCUUACGCCCCAAUCGACGUAGAGAACCCUGACAACGCUCGCGAGUUUCAGCGAAAUUUCAGCGGCGAAACACAGUUUCAGAUAGAUGAUUAG